AGAAAAAAAAAAGAGAGAGCUACCUUCAUUUCUAGCAAAGCUAUGGCUGCCUUCUAUUCAACACCUCACUACAAUGGAGAUCCAAAGGCAAUAGAAAAGAUCAAAAAUCAGAAGACUAUAAUUUAUCCAAGAGGCUUAACCAUCACAUGGGGCAAUGACAACCGCUAUUGGCGCUUGCCUCGUCCAACCCGCAAACCGAAGGACUCGAGUAGCGCUGCAGAGCUGUUACAGGUGUCGUGGCUGGAGAUGACAUGUUCAACGGACAAUGUGGAGGCUGGAAAAAGCUACAAGGUCGGUUUCAACGUGUCCAUGGCACCCGACGCUUUUGGAUGGAAAGGGUGUGAGGUUUACGUGAUGGCUAAGAUUGGGAAGUCAGGGAAGUUCAUGUAUAAGAAGGUGUCCCUUGAAUCAAAAAGCUAUGAUAAGAAGAAGUUCGAUAUUCUAGAGGACGAUUUAGUUAUCGAUGUGAAGGCUCCAUCAAGCUCGCCAGGAGACCACCGACUCUACUUUGGAAUGUAUGAGGUUUGGAGCGGGAAAUGGAAGGGAGGACUUCGAAUCCACCAUGCAUUGGUCCAAAAGAUUGAAAAUUAAGCUUGACCCGCCGAUAAAACUAAAGUAUUAUUCAAUAUGACUGAUACUCUGUUACAAAGGGAUUCAAUUCACGAAGUUUUCUUUUUUUCGUCCUUCCCUUCAAGGAGUGAGAGUAGAGAUGAGAUGGUCCAGACAUUGAAUAUAUGAUUGCACGGUAUUUGAAAUUAUGAGUAUUUUAUCUAAGUUGUUUUCUUUUUAAUAAAAUAAUAUAGCAUUAUAAUU